AUUUCUCCAGAAAGGUCUGGCCUUUAAAGUAAUAUUGAAUAAGCAAUGGCCUCACAUAAUACUGGACCUGUGUCUAGCUCCAGGAGUGGGAAGGUGGCUGAACGUUUACGAAAGAGAAUAGAAGAUGGAGAAUAUUAUGAGGCGUUGCAGACUUAUAAAGCUCUCUACUCGAGGUACAGAGCUCAGGGGAGGGAGCAGGAGGCUGUAGACUUGGUCUAUGAGGGUGCUGCCACUCUACUAGAAAACAGUCAAUGGGAAUGUGGAACUGAUUUAGCACUGACUGUCAUCAAUUUCCACAAGGAGAAGAACUCACCAAUAACUGACACAACUCUGGAGUCCAUCAGUCGUCUCUUCCACCUUUAUAGCCUCCCUCCCCAGACAGCCACAGGCGCUGACUCGAUUAGCAUGAGACUAAUAGACCUCGUCGAUAUCAAUCCAAGAGAACUGUUCGUCAGGGCCGCUCUCAAGUGGUCUAGCGUAGUGGGUGAUGAGGCCACAUGCAAGUAUGGACAUCCUCAGAUACACCAGACAAUCGCCAAACAAUACUGGAAAGAGAAGCAGUAUCCAAUGUCAGGGGAUCACUUCCUCUAUGCUGAGGAUCCUGAAUCAUUUGCAGACAUGCUCAUAGAGUUCUCCACACAGUAUGGCUACCCUGCAGAGAGGAACUUCUUCAUUGUCAGGGCUGUACUACAACUGUUGGUGUUGAACAAAGCUCGUACAGCUCUGCUGGCCUAUCACCACUACAUCACCACACACCCACACCUUACCUACAUCUCUAAGAAGAGCCCACCAUUCGAGGGAGAGCCAGCCCUCAACCUUGCAUGGUUUCUACUACACAGCGCAGUCUAUCUGAAAGAGUUUACGGUGGAUAUUCUGGAGUGGAUCAGGAGGAACUAUAGUGCAGUGAUAGAACGUGAUCCUUCCUUCCCUGAGUAUAUGGAUAAGAUUGGAGUAGUGUACUGUGGAGUGACCCCUGAGAAGAAACCAGAAGGAGGGCUAGAGGGAAUAUUCGACUCCUUCAUGAGCUCCAUGGCUCCACCCACAGGACCACCACAGGCAGUGGACAUUACAGACCCACCUCCCACUAAGACUGCUGCUCUAGACUCUGAUGAUGUAUUGGACUAACAUACGUAGCUAUUAAUAAGGAAUUUUAAUAAUUAAAUUUUGUCUUCUGUGUCAAUCAAUUUUGCCAUCAUUGAAUCUCAAUUCAAUAAUGUGAUUCUUGAACCAAUACAUGAUUUGUCAAACGAUCAGA